UAACAUGCAAAAUGCUUAACUCUAGACUUUGUAGCAUAACUCAGGUACCAAAAAUACCCUUGAACAAACACUUUUUCUUACAUAAAAAAGUGUUGGGUGUAUAACUAACCGAAAUAAAGAAUCUUUUUUAAAAAAUGUGUAGCUGUGGAAUUCCAACUAAGAUUUGACAUAGAAAUCAAAUGGGAGAAACAAUACCAAAGAGAAGUUUAGAUUUCUUGUAUAAAGAAAUAAAUAUAUAAAAGAAGAAAAUGGAAGGUAAACAAAUCUAAAAUCAAAUAGUAAUAAACAAGAAAACCAUAUUCUUCAUCUUUACAAGAUAUCCACAUAACAAAGAAGCAAAGAAUAGAGCAUCAAUGGAAGGUUUAAUACCAGCGGUGUAUAGGGCCGUGAAGAAGAACCUUACUCGCCGUCGCUACGAGCGUAUCUCCUCCACCACAACUCGUGAGUCUUAUCACAACGAAAUGAACGUGGACGGUCACCAUCGACGUCGCUGGUCUGUUGGAGAUAACCCAUCAUUAUCAAGCUGGGAAACAAAAAGAGACGGCGGAGGUACGGAGAAGAAGAGUUGUUCUCCGUCGCGUGAAGGUCAGCUCGUGAGGUUUAAGAGCCAUCGUUUGUUUUCUUGCUUCACAGGUCAAUAGUAUACUUAACAAAUUCAAGAAAAUAGGAUAUAUGAAUGUUUUUCGUGUUUGGUUAACUUAUGAUAUGGAUCAUGUACGUACUAGUGAUCAUGGUGAUGAUCUUCUCAUGUCGUAAAGUUUACAGUAUGGGGGGUUUGUUGUGAAAAUGUAUAUUUGAUGGGUCCUAAACGAGAAAAAGAAAACUUGUAUGGGUCAAAGUGUCAAAAUAUCUAUAAUCCAAAGAAGGCAAUGCGCCUUUAGUUCU